AUGGGGGGCAGCCUGCGGGUGGCCGUGCUGGGGGCCCCGGGCGUGGGCAAGACGGCCAUCAUCCGCCAGUUCCUGUUCGGGGACUACCCCGAGCGCCACCAGCCCACGGACGCGCCGCGCCUCUACCGGCCCGCGGUGCUGCUCGACGGCGCCGUCUACGACCUGAGCAUCCGCGACGGCGACGGCGCUGAGCCCGCCCGGAGGCCCGGGGGCCCGGAGGAGGUCAGGGCGCAGGAGCGGGGGAAACAACGGGCCCCGCCAACCUGGCCUCCCCCCCAGGAGUGGCCGGACCCUAAGGACUGGAGCCUGCAGGACACGGACGCCUUCGUGCUGGUCUACGACAUCUGCAGCCCCGACAGCUUCGACUACGUGAAGGCGCUGCGGCAGCGCAUCGCCGAGGCCAGGCCGGCAGGCGCCCCGGAGGCGCCCAUCCUCGUGGUGGGCAACAAGCGGGACCGGCAGCGGCUGCGCUUCGGGCCGCGGCGGGCGCUGGCCGCGCUGGUGCGCAGGGGCUGGCGCUGCGGCUACCUCGAGUGCUCGGCCAAGUACAACUGGCACGUGCUGCGCCUCUUCCGCGAGCUGCUCCGCUGCGCCCUGGUGCGCGCGCGGCCCGCGCACCCCGCCCUGCGCCUGCAGGGGGCGCUGCACCCCGCGCACUGCAGCCUCAUGUGACCGCGCGGGACCGCCAAGCCGCUGGGCUGGGGGAGCCGGACCCGUUUGACUGGAGCGACCGGGGGCCUGGAUUGGGUGAGCCGGCCGGACUCCUUCCCGAUUGGAUGAGCCGGCCGGACUUCUUCCGGAUUGGGUGAGCCGGCCGGACUCCUUCCCGAUUGGGUGAGCCGGCCGGACUCCUUCCCGAUUGGAUAAGCCGGCCGGACUCCUUCCCGAUUGGGUGAGCCGGCCGGACUCCUUCCCGAUUGGAUAAGCCGGCCGGACUCCUUCCGGAUUGGACGGGACAGUCUCUUCCCUGAUUGGACGAGGAUUGCUCCCACCCCGUUUCCCCGGGUGACCGGCCUUCCUUUGAACUUCAUUGGGCCCAGGCGGGCCCCAAGCCUCUUCAGACAAGGAUCAGUCCCUUCUGGGGUAUCUUGGAGUCACGGAACUUGACUGUGGAUCUGAUUGGCAGCUCGCAGACGGCUCCUGGAGCCUCAUUGGACCAAGGCUUAAGCCACGCCCCCCAGGAGAUUACAAUAAAGAGGGAACCGUUUCACGUGCA